UGGAACAGGGGUGAGAGCGGAACCUUUCUCCUCCGCCUCGCUCUCACUCCACCCGGGCCCAGUGGAUGCCGGACGCAGUCGCGGAGGCUAAUAAACAUGGAGGCCGCGGGCGCUGGCGAUGGGGAACGGUCCUCAGGGUUGGAGGCUCCGGGAUCCACCGACGACCGGCUUUUCCUGGUUAAAGGUGGAAUUUUCCUUGGUACUGUUGCUGCAGCGGGAAUGCUAGCCGGAUUUGUUACAACAUUAUCAUUAGCUAAAAAGAAAAGUCCUGAAUGGUUCAAUAAGGGAAGCGUGGCCACCGCCGCCCUCCCGGAGAGCGGGUCUUCGCUUGCCUUGCGAGCCCUGGGGUGGGGCUCGCUGUGUGCCUGGUGCGGGGUUGGCGUGAUCAGCUUUGCAGUCUGGAAAGCACUGGGAGUUCACAGUAUUGUUUCAUGGUGGCCACUUCUGAGUGAUCUGCAGGGGGUUCUGAAAUGCGGCCAAGACGUUUCCCUCCGCGUCCUUGCCUAAUCUAAUCCCAGUGCUCCCAGGGAUCGUGACCAGCUUCUGCCCCAGGAAGCAAGCUUUGAUUUCUCAUUCUGAUUGCAUAUGUCAGCAGACCCAGCCCCGCUUCCUCUUCCCGAUAGUACUUACGGGAAGGCCCAGAACAGUCAUCACGGUCUCGCAGAGAUGGUCCAUCUGUCAAGCUCUGAGCCUUCAAACAGCCAAAGCAUUGAGGAAUAUUUUCCUGGAAUCAUUUUUAAAUUAACUGGAAGUGGCACUGUGCAUCAGUUAGAUUCAGGUCCGAGGUGACAAGAACAUCUCUGUAACCCUUACUUCCCAUUCCAUUGCAGCUCUAAUGGGCUUGGCAGCCCGGUGGUGAGAGGCACAUGUGGAGGAGCAAUUUGAUGACAGAGGGACAGGACAGCAUCAGUUUAAAAGGAGAGAUAAUGACCAGUGCACUUUUUCCCUAAGCCAAGGGGCAGGGAAUCAGCUGUUUUGGCAUGUUGCCAAGAUAGCUCUUUAAAAACCCGUCAGUUUUCUUUUAUAAAUAAAAUAAGGCCCCAGGCAAUUUAUAAAGGAAGAAUGUGCAACAAUUACUAGAAAGAUAAGCUCUUCAAUAAAAGCCUCCUUAUUCCGAGGCCUGACACAAAUCAGGCUUAAUCACCCCCGGAAUGUUCCCAGCCUUAUUGCACUGGAGGAAAGAUAUCCUUGAUUUCACUUGGCUUCUCAUGUUCUCUGUCCUUAUUUCUUACGCUGAGCACAGAAAAUUGGACUCACAUGAGCAGAUCUCUCUAUAAAGCAUUGUGGCGUGAAGACCUGAUAGCAUGUGCUUUCCCCUAAGCUCUGUUUUAAAAGCUUUGUCUUACCUAGUAUCGGUUAGUCACUUAUGAAUAUCUAAAACUAUGAAAAUAUAUGUGUUGAUAUAUUUACAUAUUAUUCAUUUACCCAUAUAUCAGAAAAUGGAAGCGUUCUCUCAAAUUGAAUUUUACUGACUGAAAUAUUUCUAACAAGUAUAGGAAGAAAAUUUUUUUAAUGUGCUAUGUAUAUUUCCACAAUGUGAACUGUGCUGAACACAAUUUCUUGUUU